CUUGGACAAAAACUUUUUUAAAUUUGUAUUUUUAAAAUUGGAGUAAUGAAACGCUUAAACAUUUAUGGCGCAUUUCUGUCGCUUGCCGGUCCCGGCACCAAGGAGGACAUCAUCAUCCAAGUGGCCAAGCAACAGAACAUACGCUUUAAUGAUCUGCCCCAGCUGCAAAAGGAGGUGGAUCGGGCACUGGAGGAAAGUCUACGUCUGGGCUUUGUAGAUCGCCAGGGGCCCAUGUACAAGCUGAGCACGGAUACGCCAACACCAAGCAUUCCGAACAAUGUGCCCAGCAAUAAAUUGGCAUCCGGCAAGACCAAUAACGAGACGCCAACACGCUCGCCCAUGGAGAGCAAGGCCCAGGGACAGGGAGAUGGCAUGCGUAGUCGCUCGUUGGUCGAGGCUGGCAGCCGAGUCAAGUCGCGGACUUCCUCGUGCUCCGCGUGCAGCGCCUUGGAAAACACAGGCAGCCCGGAGCGGCGCAAGAACUCUCACUUUCUGGACAAGCAUCUGCUGCGCAAGGACAAAAGCAUUUGCUCCAUUUGCGGCCUGAACAGCGAUAAGCGCAACAACAUUGAGGGACAGGACGUCGAUAAAGCCAGCUGGCCAGAUCUAAAUCCCAUGCUAUAACAGCUCUUACAGACAAACCUCUUUCGUUUCCGGUCGUAGUUGAACAAAUUAUCAAGUCCUGCAUGCGGCCGCACAAUUAUAUUAACCAUAACUGACCCAUAAACUUCGUCUCGAUACAGUUUAUUACAGUGUUGAGCAUUUAUUUUGAUUAAUGCGAAUAAACAGCUAGGAACAUAA